UAGCUAGGACUGAGCGCUGCUUGGCUCCUGAAAUCCAGCUUCUGCAUCUUCUCACCCCGUUUCUUUGGGGCUGUUUGGGCUGAAAGGAGUGGGAAUUUGGGAGGCUUUCCUCUUCUGACUGGUUCUCUUUCAAGGCAGUCGGUGAAGGCAAGCAGAAGGCAUGACACCCUCUUCAGACAAAGAUAUCAACGGGCUAGGUAACCCCAGCUUUGCGGGUAAACAUGGGAGCCACUGCCAUUCCUCACCAGAUCGUGGUGCCUGGGGCCCAGAGGAGGGUGGAGGCUCUAGCCACAGCGGGACCAAGCUUGGCUACAGUGUCACAGAUGUGCCUCCCUGGUAUCUGUGCAUCCUGCUGGGCAUUCAGCACUUCUUGACAGCCAUAGGAGGUCUUGUAGCCGUUCCGCUGAUGCUCUCCAAAGGCCUUUGCCUCCAGCAUGACCUACUGACCCAGAGCCACCUGAUCAGCACCAUCAUCUUUGUCUCAGGAAUUUGCACCCUGCUGCAAGUCCUCUUUGGAGUAAGGCUGCCUAUUGUUCAAGGAGGGACUUUAACAUUCCUGACCCCCACCUUGGCAAUGCUGUCUCUCCCCAACUGGAAGUGCCCAGCCUGGACAAACAACGCCACCCUGGUGAAUGCCUCUUCACCAGAAUUCAUCCAAGUCUGGCAGACACGGAUGCGAGAGGUGCAAGGAACUAUCAUUGUAACUUCUUGUUUUCAAAUCUUCGUUGGAUUUUCUGGCCUGAUUGGAUUGCUGAUGAGGUUCAUCGGCCCCCUGACAAUUGCCCCCACUAUCACCUUGGUUGCACUACCUCUGUUUGAGUCGGCUGGAGAUAUGGCUGGGCAGCACUGGGGCAUAGCAUUCCUGACUAUUUUUUUCAUAGUUCUGUUCUCUCAGUACUUGAAACAUGUUGCUGUGCCACUGCCGUCUUACCAGAGAGGCAAGAAGUUCCACUCCUCUCCAAUCUACCUCUUCCAGAUCUUCCCGGUGCUGCUGGGGCUGUCCCUGAGCUGGCUGCUCUGCUACGUGCUGACAGUGACCAGCGUCCUCCCUGCGGCCCCCGCUGCCUACGGCCACCUGGCCCGGACAGACAGCCGUGGGGACGUUCUGUCACAGGCUCCCUGGUUUCGGCUGCCUUUCCCAGGCCAGUGGGGAACGCCAACAGUGAGCCUGGCCGGGGUCUUUGGCAUCCUAGCCGGGGUGAUUUCCUCCAUGCUGGAGUCCGUGGGAGAUUACUACGCCUGUGCCCGCCUGUGCGGGGCCCCGCCGCCGCCCAAGCACGCCAUCAGCCGCGGCAUCGGCAUGGAGGGCAUCGGCUGCCUCCUGGCCGGGGCCUGGGGCACGGGCAGCGGCACCACGUCCUACAGCGAGAAUGUGGGAGCCCUGGGCAUCACCAAGGUAGGGAGCCGAAUGGUGAUCAUUGCUGGUGCCUGUGCCAUGCUCCUGAGCGGCAUCUUCGGGAAGGUUGGGGCCAUCCUUGCCAGCAUUCCCAUCCCUGUGAUUGGAGGCAUGUUCCUUGUGAUGUUCGGAGUUAUCACGGCAGUGGGCAUUUCCAAUUUGCAGUAUACAGAUAUGAACUCCUCAAGAAACAUCUUUAUCUUUGGAUUUUCUCUAUUUGCUGGCCUCACAAUUCCCAACUGGGCAAGCAAAAAUAGUGCUUUACUGGAAACAGGAAUCAUCCAGCUUGACCAAGUGAUCCUGGUGCUUCUCACCACUGGCAUGUUUGUGGGUGGACUUCUGGGCUUUAUCCUGGAUAACACCAUUCCAGGAACACAGGAAGAGCGGGGGCUCCUGGCAUGGAAGCAAAGCCACAAGGGAGGGAUGGAGAGCUCUCAGCUUGUUUCCAAGGUCUAUGAUCUCCCAUUUGGCAUAGGCACCAGAUACUGCAAUGUCUCUUGGUUUCACUAUCUCCCUGCGUGCCCCAGAAAACCGUCUUGUGACAAGAGAAUGGAUGAACUGAAGGCUGCUGGGCAGAAAACCAGUGUCGAAGCAAGCUUAGAAAGAAACUCUCAUAUUGGUGCUGAUACAAGGAUAUAAGCACUUCACCAGCAAGAGAACUCAUCUCAGAAACAGAGGAAGGACCCAAUCCCUCCUCGGGGAACACCAAAGCCCAAGAAAUGCCUAGGAAAGAAGUUCUGUUUCCUUCUUGCACUGACCCUUGGGCACACUAAGGGGCAGCUGUUCAGCUCAAGCAGAAGGUUUCCUGUCCCCUGAUCUGGCAGCUGAAGAAGCUUCCCUGAUAUGGGCCUUGUAGCACUCUCAGGCAUCCCUUGGGCUGGGGUUAGUCCCCAGCACCUUAAAGCACCUUGUGUUGUAUACCUCAUCCUGGCCAAGGGGAAGGAGCAGGUGCCUCUAGGUCAUGAUUUAUCUCAUUCCAAAUUCCCAUAAUUUAGCCAGUCAAAUGAAUGUUGUUGUAAGAGAGGCAUCUAAAAUUAACGGGAUGGUUUGUCUUCUGAACCUGUCUCUUCUGCCUCAGACCACCAAGGGACUCUAGAGACCUUAGUUAGGUUCUUGACCUAACAGAAAAACCAGCUUCCUGAAAUGUAUCCCACCUUUGGAAUGCUGGGAGGAGUCUCAGGAGAACCAGUUUACUGUAGGGCACCCAACCCUACAAAGAUGAAGGAAUUCUCAUAAAAUAUAAUGGAGAAAACACUUCUGCUCACAAUCUUACACAUCCCUAUGCUGCUGCUGUGUCCUGUGUACCCUUGCUGUACCUGUUUGGUCUAGUGUGGUGAUUGUGUGGUGAUAAGCACUUCUCUAGAAAACAGGUGAGCAGGUUAUUGCUCCUAUUCCCUAUUAGCUUUAACCUGUAGGGCCACAUGCAAUGUGAUCACAUGUGCUCCUGUGGUUGCCGGUGCUGUGUAAUAAAAUUGUUGCUGUAGCAUAA